AUGUCCGGCGUGGGUGCAUACCACAAUCCGAUUUGGAUUCAAACACGUUCUGGCAAAUUAUUAUGGACAAUAGCAAGAAAUUUGGAGGAAGCAAUUGGAAAUAAUUCGACUUCCAGGAAGUUCCUUGCAUAUUCUACGCAUGAUGUCACUAUCGCAGCACUACUUGAUUCUAUGGGAGUGCUGAAGCUUGCACUGGCUCCUCUAGGCCGCCCUGCGUUUACAGCUGCUGUGAUAUUUGAAUUGUGGAAAACAGAGAAAAGGGAACCCUACCUAAAGGUGUUGUUUCGUCGUGGAUCAGGAUUUGACAAGUACAUUGAUUUGACUACCGAAGUUCGAGGAUGCAAUAAAACACAGUUUUGUCCUGUGGACUCCUUUUUAGAAGCUAUGAACGAAUAUGAAAACGACGAUCCAGAAGCACUCUGUCAAGUAUGUUGAGC